CUGAUCAAAAUUAAUGUGAAAUACAAAAUGAACGAAAACGGAAAGGGUUGAGAGUCCAGGGAUAGGGUCCCAUUCGUUGUCCCACACCGUUUGCCCACUAGUGCACUGGAACUCCUACGUCCGAGAUCUGCUUUGCAAAGUGAAGAAUCCGAUACAAGAACUGCCCCGCAGGGGUGUUUUUUCUCCCGGAAGACGAACAUUCUGUGAACUUUGAAAAUGCUGAAGGUGGCCCUGCUACUGUUGGCGUUCUGGUCGGGAUGCUGUAUGGCGAUUAGAUUCCCAAUCGUCUUGGUACCCGGGAUCGCUGGCAGCCACAUCGAAGCCAGGCACACGAAGCCGAUAGCAAAAUACCCGGCUCACUGCCCAGAUAUGACCAACUGGAGACAAAUCUGGCUGAGUUUUAAAGAAGUGGUUCCUGUCCUGGCUCACUGCCUUGCGGUCGACAUGUCAUUGGAGUUUGAUGUGGAUACGCUGAAGUACAAUGACCCGGACGGCAUUGAAACCAGAAUACCCUACUUUGGAUCAACCAAAUCCGUCGAGUAUCUGGACGACAGCACAGACUUUUUGAUCAAGCGCCUCACGAAAUACUUCCAUGACAUUGUGCAGUAUUUCGUCGACAAUGCUGGCUAUGAGCGUGACGAGAGCAUUGUAGCAGCUCCGUACGACUGGAGAAAGUCACCCUGGAGCAUGGAUGGGUACUUUGAGAGGCUGCAAGCUCUAGUGGAGAAUGUCACUGCUAAGUACAAUGCACCAGCCAUUGUCAUCUCUCACAGUAUGGGUGGCCCGGUGUUGAAAGCAUUCUUCAACACCACCACCAGUGACUGGAGAGACAAGCACAUCAAGGCCUGGUUUCCUGUUGAAGGUGUGUGGAUCGGAUCGCCCAAAGUUCUCGAGGCGAUGGUGUCUGGCGACAAUUUCGGCACACCAGCGCCCCUAUCAGAUCUCAUUGAUAUGGAGCGGACACUCGAAAGUACCCUGUUCUUGUCGCCAAUGCCUGGACUCUGGCCGCAAAAUGUGUCCGAUGAGUUGAUCAUUGUGGACGACACAAGAAAAACGUACGGUGUGUCGGACUAUGUGGAGUUGCUGAAGGCACUGAACAUUAGCCAUGCCCAGGAGCGGCUUGCCAAUGUGAUGAGCAAGCGUGAAAUGAUACAUGGUCCCCCCGGUGUUCGCAUGUACUGCAUCUAUGGAACAAACGUAGACACAGCCUGGGGUUACAAGUACAGUGCACUGGACAGGUCUGCACCUGAGAAGAAAAUCAUCGGUGAUGGUGAUGGAACGGUGCCCCGGCCUAGUUUGGAGUUCUGUCGAAACUGGGUUGGAAAGCAGCCGCAGCCAGUUGUGCUUAAAGCAUUCCCGAACGUAAAGCAUGUUGACGCCAUCAUGAACGAAAAAAUUCUUCAAUACAUUCACGCAGAGAUGGAAUCUCUGGCAGAGGAGCACAUCUCAAGAGCGUAGACACCAUGUCCAGCGUCUGUCUCUGAUAUGAAAUGACAGUAAGAAAAGUAGUGUGUUUGCUGCUUCUGUUGCUGCUGCUCUGCACUAGGUUAGGAUGAGUAACUCGGUCGCUCAUACUGUAUCGCUCCGCUUGGAGUAGUUAGAACAAUUUUUUUAACCUUUCCUUCAAUUUUCCAAGGUAGUAUCGAACGAUCUUGGUCACGUGUUCAAGAAAUCCUUGCAUGGCAAGGUAGUGCCUGCUGGUAUUUUGUCCAUGCAGCGUUUCACUUCGAAAUCUCCUACAGUUUGUCUGAAUUAGGAAGCAUUUGCAAGCUCCCACCUGCCUAAUCCUCAUAGUUAUUUCUUGACUUCCCUUCUUGAAUUCUCUCUUUUUCGGUGUGAACAUGUAUAUUUUGGAGGUGCUUUUUAAAUAGGAUUUUUCUUAUUUUUAUGAACUACAAGACAAGUCAGCCGGCGGAAAGCGUGAGCUCCGGCGUAUGGAGCAGCCACUUUCCUUUUUGUUCUUUAUUCCCUGAAUUGUUCUAUGCUACAGGCACUGCUGUAUCGAGCACAGUGCGAAUAUUCCAUA